UCAACCAGUUUUGAUCAUGAAACAAUGACAACGUGCUAGUUAUCUCCCUUUGGCACAUUAGAUAUUUGCCUCGUGUACGAUGUAAACAACAUAAAUGGAAAGUAACAGCAACAGUUGUGACAAUGACAGUGACGCCAGCGUCGACGCAAGCAGCAUGAUUAGUCAACUGGAAUCGUUGCUGAGAGCAACAGCAACAGCAACAAUAGCAAAACAACAACAACAACAAUAGCCAACAACAACGAUACAAAAAUGACCAAAGCAAAAACGGGCAACAUGAAAAUAGUCGCGUUCUGAGCAGCGCUUAAAAUGCAAGAAGAAAAAAGCAUUGAAAACAAUAUAAGAGAAAAAUCAGGGCUUAAUUUGCUUAAAUUAGUCAGCCAAAGUGUUUAAUUAGCUUAAUCAAAGCCACACAAGCCUCCACCAUAGGGGCUCUGGCCACGCGAGGCUCAUCAUUCCAGCGAACAACACACAACAUGCCGUUUGGACACCGCCCAAUCGAAAACAGCCUCGUGUUCUUUGUGGUGCUGCUGCUGCUCAGCUCCAUUGGCGUUUCCGUACAGGAAGUGCUCGAGGAGGAGCCCGUCUACUUUUAUGUCGGUUGUUAUACGGCUCGAACGGAUCUGUUCAAGGAGUUGGUGUAUGCGAAGAUGCCGCAAACAUGCAUCGAGAUGUGUGAGCAUCAGGGACAUCGGUAUGCUGUGCUCGCUGCCGAGAAAUGCUUCUGUGCCAAUCAACUGGAGCCGCAGCAGAAACAGGACGAGAAUCUCUGUCACACCCGGUGUAUGGCGAAUAAGGCGCAAUAUUGCGGCGGUGUCGGUGUCCAUUCCUAUUACUCAACAACGCUGUUGCGCCAGCCGGCGCCGCAUCAUCUGCGUAUGGUGAACAGCAGCGAGAAUAGCAUCAGUCUCGCAUGGGAUGCGUACGGGUCGAGCAAGUUGCUCCUCGCUGGCGCCGCUGAAGCACUCGCCCCGCAAACCCAACAGAUUGCCAACUUUCUGAUCAGAUGUCGGGUGAUGCAAACCUAUUCCACACUGCCCGCCUUCCAGCAGCCCGAAUUCAUAGUGCAGGGCACGGAGACACGAUUCGAGCUCACCGAUCUCCAGCCAGCAACGCUCUACAACAUCAGCGUUCGAGCGAUUUGUGUGCAAAAGCAGCAGCAGAUGGGGGACGAGGAGAAUGAAUGCGGUCAUGCUACAAUCAUGGCCAGCACAGAGGUGGGUCUGCCCAGUCCGGCACCCGCACAACCCAAGAUUCUGACACGCACAGAGAACACCAUCACGGUGGAGCUAGCACCCGUGCACAACAACAAUGGGCCCGUGACGAAGCUGCUCGUCAUUGUUGAGUUUGUGGACAAUGCGCUGAGCCAGCCGUUCGAUGCCCAGCUCCUGGGCAGCUGGCAGGACGCACAACAAAAUGGUGUGCCCUACUAUAUAGCCGCCGAGCUGGACUACGAUAGACCUGAGGACAAUCGCACCAGGCAUUUUGUCGUCGGCGAUAACAAACGCUAUGGACGCUAUCGCAACGUGCCCCUGGAGCAGCUCUCAGAUGAGCACAACCACCAGAACCAACCGGAUCAUGUCCACAUUAGCUUGGGCGUGGAGAGCACCUUGCGGAACAUCACCAAGACGCUGUACACGCGCAGCGGUCACGAGCAGCAUGCGAGUUCCUUGGACGACUUUAGCUAUGCGACGUUUGAGAAGGGACAAAGUUCGGUGGUGGCACUGGCCGUCACCUGUGUGAUCUUUGGCAGCUGCCUGCUGCUCAGCCUGAUCACCUACUUUUACUUGCGCUACAAGACCUGCCAUGGUCGGGGUCUGACCGGGCGGGGACGCAAUGCGCACGAGAUGACACAGCAGACGCCGAUCAUUGAGCGAGAGAACAACGGCUAUCUGGUGGAGGAGGAGUUGCCACCCACACUGGAGAGCUUCAAGCAGCAGCUGCAGUCCACAAUCGAUGGAUUCGAGCGUUUGCCGCGGAAUGCGUUGCGCUUAAAUGCCAAUGAUGUGAUUGGCGAGGGUCGCUACGGUGAGAUCAUCACCGGCAGGAUCAAUAAUAUGGACGAUGGAUCUACAGCAGCCACAGCUGCUGUCCGAGAUUCUGCACUCCAUGUGCUUGCCCUAGACGAUUUGAAUGGGACAACGCAGGCACAACUGUUGCGUGAAUUGAGGCAACUGCGCAAGUUGCAACAUCACGAGCUUCUUCUGGACUUUUAUGGGAUAUCGGCGAGUGCCGAUUGGUUCUAUCUGGUCUUCGAACUGCAGCGUGUGAGUCUCAAGCGACGCCUCAUCGAGAGCCGACAGGCAGCGCCGGCACUCCGUCUGACCGUGCUGACGGAACAACUGGUGCUCCAGUGGAUGUACGAGCUGUCCAGCGCCAUGGCAUAUCUGGGCAGCUGCCAGGUGCUACAUCGCCAACUGACCGCCUACAGCGUCUUCGUCAGCGCCGACUCCAAGCUGAAGCUGAGCGUUUUUGGUCCGCCGCACUAUGUGAACAGCAAUCGCCAGCAACUGGAUCUGUGCCGCUGGCUGGCGCCGGAGGUGUUGCGUCAUCAGCACCACACCACUAAGUCGGAUGUGUGGUCCUUUGCGUGUGUUGCCUGGGAGUGCUGUGCUCUCGGCGGCACACCCUAUGCCAAUGUGGCCAAUGGUCAGCAAUUGUUGGAGUCAAUUCGUGCUGGAGUGCGUCCCGCUCAGCCCGCCUAUGUCUAUGGCGAUCUUUAUCAGCUGCUGCUCAACUGCUGGCAGCUGGAACCCAGCGAGCGGAUCGGCUUCGAGGAUGUGGCCUUCGGUGUGCGUCAGCUGAUGACCUCGGCCCGGCAUGCGUUGUGCUUUGAUCGCUCCAGCUCGGACACCAUGGAGACGCUGCCAUUGUAUCUGCCAAUGCUUGAGACGAGCAAUUAGUGCCAGAAUGAGAUAGCAGAUUGCUUAGCGACUUUAGUCUUCAUAAACCCUAACUUUUGACAGGCACUGUUCGAUAAUCGCCUGUUUCGAUUGAGGUUAAUUUAUUUUAAAUACUGCUUUAUUUUUAAUUUUCCCAUAUUGUUCGAGUAAAUAAAUGCGUGUGCUUAUGUCAGAUA